CAACACGGCAAAGCUUAACUACCACAGUACAGUGUAAAGCAACCGCAGUCGCUUUUUGUGGUUGUGUCGAGCGCAACAUUCUCAACGCGGCCCCCACGGCAGCAUUUGUGGCUAUCCUGCACUGCCCUUUUUGCCAGCUCUUUUACUUCCUGUGCAGACGAUUGCUCCAUCAUGCCUCCUCCCCCUCCUCCCCCGCGGAGGAACGACUCCAGAGCCGGCGGCGCAGGCGCGGCCUCCAAGGAGGAGAACAUAUACAUCCCGUCCUUCAUCUCAAAGAAGCCCUUCUACGUCGGCGAGGGCGAUGAAGACUCCACCGACUACCUCGAGCACCAGCGCCUGACCCAGCAGAAGAAGGACGACCUUGCCACCGCCAAGUGGUACGACCGCGGCAAGAAGACCGGCCCCGCCGCCACCAAGUACCGCAAGGGCGCCUGCGAGAACUGCGGCGCCAUGACCCACAAGGCGAAGGACUGCCUGCAGAGGCCGCGCGCAAAGGGCGCCAAGUGGACGGGCCGCGACAUCCAGGCCGACGAGGUCAUCCAGGACGUGCAGAUGGGCUGGGACGCCAAGAGGGACCGCUGGAACGGCUACGACCCCAGAGAGUACAAGCACGUGGUCGACCGGUACAACCAGAUGGAGGACCUGCGCAAGCAGCUGGACCCCAACAAGGAGGACGGCGAGGAAGAGGGCAAAGACGAGGGCGAGAAAUACGCCGAGGAGAUCGACAUGGGCAAACAUCAGAGCACGGCCACGCGGCAGCUCAGGAUACGGGAGGAUACGGCCAAGUAUCUCCUGAACCUGGAUCUCGAGUCUGCAAAGUACGAUCCCAAGACGAGGACAAUGGUAGACGCCGGUGCCACGGCAGACAAGGCCGCACAGCUAUACGCGGAAGAGGGUUUCUUGAGGGGCGCAGGAGAUGCGGCCGAGUUUGAGAAGGCCACCAAGUAUGCCUGGGAGGCACAAGAGAAGACAGGCGACACGAGCCAGCACUUGCAAGCAAACCCCACGGCGGGAGAGUUCUACCGAAAGAAGGAGAAGGAGGAAGCCGAGAAGAAGAAGGCCCAACGAAUGAGGGCGCUGCAGGAAAAGUACGGCGGGGACGACCACGCUAUGCCGGCAGGUCUCAAGGAUCUAGCUGUCACCGAGUCCGAGGCCUUCGUCGAGUACGACGAAGCAGGCCUGAUCAAGGGUGCACCUCGGGCGGUCGCCAAGUCGAAGUACGCGGAGGACGUCUUCAUCAACAACCACACUUCCGUCUGGGGCAGUUGGUGGUCAAACUUCAAAUGGGGCUACGGAUGCUGUCACUCGUUUAUGAAGAACAGCUACUGUACGGGAGCAGAAGGGAAGCAGGCCUGGGAGGAUGCCGAGAAGCAAAGGACGGGCGCAAACUUGAUGAUCGAGGAUAACCCUUCCGAGGAUAACACCCAAGACGCUCCUCCGGCCGCUGACGCAGAGCCGCCGAAACCGGCAGCCAAGAAGCGAACCGCCGAGGAAAUGAUGGAAGAGGAGCUCGAGGAGUACAGGAGGAAACGGACAGCAGCAGAUGACCCCAUGGCGAAAUACCUGGGGAGAGACGAGCUUGUAUAGUAGCAUUAGAUACCCCAAAUCCAACAUUACGAAGCUCA